UUUGUGUCGUUCUUCGGAGAGGACGUGCUUCUUGGUCGGUGUUCCUCCCUCUCUCUCUGUUCCGCGUGCGUAGUUCCGGUAGUUCGGUUACGAUUAAUCUUUGCGCGAAGUGGGUUAUCGGCACGGCACAGUUCUGAUGUUCUGGAUUUAGUGCGUGAUACGGAAGUGGUGUUUAGUGUGUUCACAGUGAUUGUUCUAUCAAGCAUGCCGAGGACCUGAAGCUGUAUGCGAGAGAGUUCAGUGUGUCGAUCGACUAAUUGAGAUCGAAGUCUUUAAUUGAACCUAAUUGACCCCCCCGUUGAGAAGUGAGUGCGACUUAGUGCAACGCCAUGGCCGAGGAAAGCCUUCACGUGCCCGAUUCCAACAUCGACUACCACAUCGUGCAGCUGUUCGAGCGGCUGGAGAACCUGCGGCGGGAGCCGGGCACCAAGCUGUCCACCUCGAUGCAGGGUGGUGGCCGCGCCAGCAUGCACAACGAGCUGCGGAGUCUCGAGUUCUGGAGAUCGAUAACGGCCGAGUGUUUGGCGUCCUUCUUCUACGUGUUCAUCGUGUGCGGUGCCGCGGCUGGAGCCGGCGUCGGGGCCAGCGUGUCCUCGGUCCUGCUGGCCACGGCCCUCUCGUCCGGAUUUGCCGUCACCGCGCUCACCCAGUGCUUCCUGCACGUUUCAGGUGCCCACAUCAAUCCAGCCGUGACCAUCGCCCUCGCAGUGACCCGCAUGAUAUCGCCCCUACGCUUGGUCCUGUACCUAAUAGCCCAGUGUGGAGGCUCGAUAGCUGGUGCCGCCGUACUCUAUGGCGUGACCGUCCCCGGCUAUCAGGGCAAUCUGCAGGCGGCCGUGUCCCACACCUCGACCCUCGCCGCCUGGGAGCGCUUCGGCGUCGAGUUCAUCCUGACCUUCGUCGUCGUCCUGUCCUACCUGAUCUCGACCAACUCGUACAAGAAGUACUUUGGCUCGUCGGCGAUCGCCAUCGGGGCGGCCUACAGUGCCUGCAGCUUCGUUUCGAUGCCCUACCUGAACCCGGCCCGCUCACUGGGACCGUCUUUCGUACUGAGCAAAUGGGACAACCACUGGGUUUACUGGGUGGGACCGCUGGUUGGUGGUAUCAUGUCCGGUCUGCUGCACCAGUUCAUCUUCAGCACUAAGAAAACCAUGAAAAAGUCCAAGGAUGACGUCGAUUCGAGCAUCAACUCCGAUGAGGACAUCAACUACGACGGGGAUCUGGACAAGCCCCAGCAGCCUGGCAAGUACCACACAUACCGGCCCCAGUCGGGAACGCUGGCCAGCCAGCAACGGUACUGCCAGAGCAUCUACACUGCAGAACCCACCGCCAACAAGACUGACCGCGUCGAAUCAAUCUACGGAGGAACCAAGUCUAUGUACUGCAAGUCGCCCCCGCUGACCCGUGCCAACCUGAGCCGAUCCCAGUCGGUGUACACCAAGAGCAAUACCGCCCUGAACCGGGGCCCGGACAUGAGCAUCCGACAGGGACCGCUCGUCCCCGCCCAGAGCUUGUACCCGCUGCGAGUCAACCCACCGCAGAGCUCGCACCUGCAGAACCAGAACGUCCAGAACCAGCUGCAGCAGCGCUCGGAAAGCAUCUACGGCAUCCGCAGCUCGUUGCGUCAACCCCAGCAGGGUCCCAACGACGGCCGAAUGACCCAGCAGAUGGUCGCCCACCCGCAGCAAGGCGACAUCCAGGGCUUCCAGCCCAUCUACGGUACCCGCAACAAUCCAAACUGCUCGGCUGACGGCAUCAAGUUUGAUCGCGAAGCGCGCGAAAAUAGCCGCGACGACUCGAUGAUGUCGGCCAAGUUUGCCGCCCGCGGUGCCCGGCCCGAGUCCAUGUACGGAGUUUCCGGCCAGCGGCGCGUCCAGUCAGCCCAGUCCGAUGACAGCUCGUACGGCUCGUACCACGGAUCCGGUCCGGCCAUCACCCCGCCCACCCGGAACGCCAGCAACAGCAGCAGCAACUACAACGGUGGCCUGAUGCUGCCCAACUACGGACCCGCCGGAGGACCCGGAAUGGUCGCCAUGAACGCCCAGCAGAUGAACCAGCAGCAGCAAGAACGGAAAGCAUCCUCUUCCUCGUCCAACCAGCAGCAGCAGCAGCAGCAACAGCAAUCGAACCGCAACCAGCAGCAGCAGCAGGUCAGCAUACAGGGAACGAAUCUGCCACCGCCACCACCGGGAAUGCAGAACCACCAGGCCGGCGGCUACCAGAUGCAUCCGGUGCGGCAGAACUAAGCCGGAAGUAGCGUAGCAGAGCGAGUGUAAAUUUUGUGUGUGGUUUGGUUGUCUUGUUUUUAAGUUUAACAGAUUUUGUUUUUUGAAAUCGAAAACCUAGAUAGGCCAUAACAAGUAUUUAUUUAUUAUUUUCUAUUCUGAAACCUACUUGAAAACGAAAAAACCCUCGGCGUGCUUCAUUUCAUUUCUAAUGUUGUGUUACCUCAAUGUUGAUUGACAUUGAACUGCCAACGUCACUCAACAUAAAGGUAACGCAAAGUUUGCAAACUGUCAAAAUUAAGCAUGAAAACAACCUGAGGUCAAUGAACAAUUACUCAACAAACCAAUCGUAAAAACAUCAACCAGCAACGACCGUUACAAAACGUUGACUUUAAAGACUGAUUCUCACCUUUUUUGUACAAGUAGAGACUUUAUGUAUACCCGCCUAUGUGUAUUCCUAGUACAAGUUGUUGACAUUGUUCAAAAUAUUGUAGAUUUAUAGCGGAAGUUAGCCCAACAAAGGUUUCAAACUAUCAAUUCGGUUAACCACUCUCAAACUGCCAUAUUUCAUCUUGUAGUGACCUCCCACCUUUAACUGUGCGCACACCCCUUUUCCCACUAGUACAAAAUGUGUAAAUAAUAAGGAGCUCUACGAAAAAAUCUGAAAAAAAAACUAACAAAAUGUUAAAAUGGUUCACAAAUCAUAAGUGCAGAAAGCUACACGGAAUGUAGCCAAUUCGUGAAAUCGUGAAUUGUGUUCAUGAAUUUAAGAACAUGAAUAAGAUCCUUCGUGGUUCUCAAAUUCAUGAACAACAGUACACGAUUACGGGAAUUGAUUUUUGUUUUCAGUGUAGAGCAUUCUCUCUAAACGCAUCAUAGAAGUAUAUAUAAAAGUAGGAAGCUACUCGAGUAGAGUUUGUUGUUUCUAAUAUUGAAAAAUGAAAUAUAUAUUGUAAAUAUUUAUCUAUUAGUCUAGGAGAAAGCGAAACCGAUUGAAAUAAAGUAGUAACUACCUUGAAAAUGG